AUGUCUUCGGAUGUGUCACUGGUUUGGGUGAAGUGGUGGCGAAGGGGUGGACAGAGAGAGCAAGUGUUGGGACAGAAGAGACCACUUCUUCCCGAUGGAGACAAUCUUCAGGAGACGAAGAACACCAGUUGUGAUGACAAAGUCUUCUACGGACUGAGGCUUCCAUUGGACGCCAAUCACAGCAACGACAUUCAACUCGUUUUCGACAACAGGAAGGAUGUGUUGGACGCGAAUAAGACACACAAAGGCUCGCGAUUUAAGGCAUUCAGCACUGAGGAGGACGCCGUCCUCUUCUCCCAACAAGUGGUCAAACCGGAGAUGAGUUGCGAUACGAGUAAAGACAACAAGAAUAUCGAGAAGUCUUUGUGUCCGUUCAGUGGAUUACAUCCGCGAGAACUGUCGAGACUUCGCAAAGCCAUCGAAGCGGACGACUACGAUGUGGUGAAUGGACUGAUUUGGUUGAACCCGAGGUAUUUGGUGAGCAGUGGUGACACUCCGGCGGUGCUGAUGGAGAGCUGUCGUUACAACGCCUGUCAUAUCGCAGCCAAAGUGAACGCACACCGAGUCCUACAACUCAUACUAAACACGGUUUCCGACCAAAAGUUUAUGAAACUAUUGUUUCCGUUCGACACAAACGACGUGACCGUCAGUCGAAUCGACUUCUUAUUGGAUUUGUACGUAAAUACUCCCGAAAAAGUGUGUUGGGAAACUCCUCUGCAUUUUGGCUGCAAAUUCGGUUCAACACAAGUCGUGUCUAUUUUGUUAAGACAUCCGAAGUGUGAUUCAGACAAAGUGAACAAAUCGGGCCGAAAACCAAUUGAUAUGAUUUGUGAACGAAAAGGCGAUCAAAACGCCAAAAAAGAGAUCCUAAAUAUGUUUGAAUCGCAACUCUUUAUACCGUUAUUCAGAGACGACUUCAGCGCACAAAUUGGAGAACCAUUCAAAGGAGUGAUGGGCGACAAUAGGAUGAGUGCAUUGGCCGGCCCUAUGUCUCCACAACAGGCGCAACAACUGUUUAAGACUCUUAAAAGUCCGCUAAAGUGUACGCCAUUUCAGCGUAAAAUAAGAUUAACUGAUCCGCGAAAGGGUAUUGAAAGAGUUGCGCGAAAUCUGUGUAAAGAUAUGAACAUUAAUUGGACUGAAUUUUGGCCGUUUCUUAACACUCGCAUUGACUUAACUUCUGAUGAAGGACUCAAUCAAUUGGAGAAACAUUUGCGUCAUAUUUAUUAUGAUUUGGACAGUCAGUCAAUGAGGGCUUUAGAAACAGUGAAACAUAGCGGCGAUAAUGACAAUCGUGUGCUUGCAUUAAGUGAUGACUUAAACAAACUGAGUCUUAAUUCGAGUAACUCUUCAUUCUCUUCAGUCUCUAUAAAAGACGAAUCAAACGAUACAUUAAAUUGUGUCUUAAAAUGCGAAACAAAUGAAAACGUAUUCUCAGAGGAAACCCAUUAUGACUCGGACUCCAAUGACUCGGACGACAGUUUUGUGAGCGCACUGUCUUCGCCCACAUUUCUGUUUGACUAUUAUGUCAAUGGUCAUCUGUUUGAGUAA